AUGGCAUAUGGUAUUACCUUCUCUCCUGGUGAUAUGCACCUUCAUGCUUACAGUGAUGCAGACUGGGCAGGAGAUCCAUCUACUCGCAGAUCUACAACAGGCUUUGUAGUUUUCAUUGGUUCAAAUCCAGUGUCUUGGCAAUCUAAGAAGCAAGGGUCAGUUUCCCGGAGCUCUACGGAAGCCGAGUAUAGGGCUCUUGCCAAUACAGCUGCUGAUAUUGCUUGGGUUCGACAAGUCUUGGCUGAUUUACAUGAGUAUCUUCCUGAGCCUCCAUUACUUUUCUGUGACAACCUUUCUGCCUUAGCUCUCAGUUCAAAUCCUGUGCAACAUUCUCGGAUAAAACAUUUGGAUAUAGACUUUCAUUUAUUAGAGAACGAGUUCAACGUAGGGAUAUCAUGGUGCAGUACAUUCCUACUGAAGAGCAAAUUGCAGACGUCUUUACCAAGGGUUUACAUGGUCCUGUGUUUGUUAAACAUUGUAUCAAUCUCAGACUGGGUAUCCCAGCUGAGAUUGAGGGGGGAUGUUUACCAAAAUAAGAAUUAG